AUGGAAGACUUGAAAUUAACGUUCGAUGAGGAAUAUAACUUGAGAGUGUUUGACCCAGCCAAGUUUAGUACUUCCGAGAUGAUGAAGACCAAAUCGGAGGAGUUUGCUUCCAAGAUUAAGGAUUUUCAGAAACUUGUUGCUGAAGUAAUGCAAAUAUUGAACAAUCAGGGGAAAACAAUUGAAGAUGAAAAAUUAAAAGCCAUUGGUAUGAGAAAUCUUGUUAAAGGGGAGGAGGAUCGAAGAAAGAAUUUAUUGAGAGAAUACAACCAAUUAAUAACAGACAAGCACACAGAAUUGGAGAGGUAUAUUGAUGAAUUGGAGUCGCUGAAAAAAGUUGACCAAGAACAAAAGAAGCUUAUUGAAAGAUUGAGCAACAAUGAGCCAACAGAUUUAGAUUAA